AUGGAUGUGGAGGAAUCAGUAGCUGAUUCGCUAGCUGAUGAUGAUGAAUACGUGAUUUGGCAACCAGAUCUAGAGUUCUCCGAUGUUAAUGUUAACGAUAGAAAAGAUAAGGUAAAAAGAUCUUCAUUUGGACUGGGAGAUAUGGCCCCAUAUAGGUCAUUAAGGAAGCGUAAGGCGAUUCAGAAGAUGCCUUAUAGUUUAGAUAGGAUUAGGCAUGAGCAAAUGCUACAAGGGUACGAUGUUUCGAAUUUUGAUGCAUUGGCGGAUAACUUAGAGCUUCCAGUUAGUGGUCAUAUGGAACGGAAGGGAAGCAAUGCGGAGCCAAAUAAGAGCAAUCAUGCACCAGGUCUAUCCCGGAGUAUUACUCAUAAGCGUCAACCAAGACAAAGAGAAUUACGUGGUAACGAUGAGGAAGAAGAAGAUGAUGAAGACGACGAUGACGAGCGCGUCGUUCUACCGCAUUCGAGACCUCAUGAGCGCAAGGUGUUACUAGAUUCUCAGCAAUACUCCGAAAGUUCAGGCUCUGAUUUCGAUGAUGUUCAAGACAAAUCUCAAGAGAAGAUUAUAUUCCGGGGAAAGGUAAUUGAUUUUCGUGAUGGUUAUAAAGGCAUAAUGCCAAAAGUAGCCUGGAAAAAGUCUCUCUCUUCGGAUGAUAAGCCUAGCGGUUCCAGUAGGCGUGAAAAUAGGACUAUUAUUACAAAGAGGCGAGGCGUGGCUGUACGAAAAAUGGUGAAGCAAGCUAAUAAUGAGACCCACCAAGACAUGAUAAUCCCGGACUAUGAUUUACAGGAAGGCGUUGUUGAUGAGGACAUAAGUAUAGAAACUAAGCCGGCGAAGGAGACUCAUGAACUGAAGCAAAGCAUUUUGAAGCAGUAUUUUGAGAGUAAAUACUCUAAGUCGUAUAAGUAUGACGACCUUUCGGACGAAGAUUCUAGUGAUGCAACGGAUUUGGAGUAUCUUUCUAACGAUGAUGUAGAAUUGCAAAGAGAUAUAUUCGACUAUGCUGCAAAAGAUGAGGCCAGUGGUAAGGACUACUACACAAUUGACUCCGAUAUGGAUGAAAACUAUGGACAUGACAGUGACGCAAUAGAAUCUGAUGAAGGAACGAUUGAUAAAAUGCUAAACAACUCACGGUCCAAGAACUAUAAAUACGGUAAUAAAAAAAGGGUUUUAAAUGGAAAUAGGAUGAUUAAUAAAACGAAUAAGAAGACAACUUUUGCUAAAAAAAUAAGGAAACGGUCCACAAGGAAGGAUCAUCUAUUAGGGAACACAAGAAAAUUAAAUUGUAACUAUAAAAUUAAUUCUGUAAAAGACGGGCCAAAGAAUAAUGGUCAAACUGGGAACCUUGAAGCAGAGCGGCAGAAGGCUCAAGAAAAAAAUAAAGCUUAUAAUAUAGCAUCACAAACUCAACGGAAGAUAGGUAUGUCGGCUAUACUCGAGCCGCCAAGAUCAAUGGUACUUUAUGAAAAGCCAAAGCUAUUUGUCCCAGUGAUAGAGGGUUUAGCCGAUGAAUACAAGUUAAUGAAAAGGCACAUCCGUCUCAAUCGUACUGAAGAAAUAAUGGAAAGAAAAACUGUAGGAGAACUCAAGACUGUUAAUGAAUCUCAAGUGUUUUCAUCCGUCUUGAACAGUAAGAACUUUGACCCUCCAUUAUGUGUGAAGAUUGAACUUCCUAGUAAGACGUUUAUUCUCUCUAGGCUUGACCGUGAUGUUAAUGAAUCGCUUGGCGCGAUAUUCCAAUAUAUAGUUGAAGUUGGUGUUGUAAAUGAGGAAAUUGUAGACAUGUCCGUUAAGAUUUCGGAAUUUUUAUGCUACAUGGAUCAACCUGAUCUUUAUAGAGUCAUCGACGAUUUUCAUCGUAAGUUCAGAGCAAAGGUGAAUUUACUAAAAUGCAAGGCGAAACCGAUUCACUUUUAUCAGAUUGCUGUGUGCCAGUUCAUGUAUCUCGAGAUAUCAAAAUUCAGUAAUUUAUCGGCAGCUAAAAAGACAUCAAUUGAGCAAGAAAUAAUCGAUCACAUAGUGUCUUUUUUUGGGUUACUUUCGCGUUGUUAUAAUGCUUUAGUAGGGACUGAAUUGAACUUGUUGUACAAGGCCUAUGAUAUAUUGCGUGCAAUAAUCCACCAUUUAGGUCAACUAAAUACACUUUGGCAACGUUUGACAAGGCAGCAAUAUUGUCCACAGGUAUGUCACACAAUUGUAUCCUUAUUUCCAACUCAUGAAUCACAUUGGAGAAUAGUAAAAGCCGACCACAACUUUGCAUCUGCUACGGAAUGGUUAGUUUUUAUCAGGAAUUGCUCUAGUGGAGCCUUGAAAUGGGAAUUUAAUAAUGAACUUGUACUACAAUUAUAUGAGUAUUUCAAAACUCGGAAAUUUACUGACUUUGAAGAAGAAUUGAAAAAGACAGAAUAUAGUGACGAGCAAAGCAACAAUAUCUUUAAUUACUCCACUAUAUUUGAAUCAUUCUUAGGUAUAAUUGAAAGAACUCCUCUUUCUGUACUCACAUUAGAACGAAUUACUCCAAUUGGAACAAUCCAGACAACAGUUUCUCUCAAGCAGCUGAAUAACCGAUUGAAUUUAUUACUUUCAUUAGCGAAGAAAGCGCAAUAUAGUUACGAAAAGAGAUAUGAUGAGUUAGUAAUGCCAUUUUUUAAAAACACCGCCCCUAAGAGUAUAGAUAUUGAAGUUUUUUCGUCUAUUUUGGAUGGUGAGUAUAAAAUGAUUGAUAUAUGUCUACAGAAGAAACUUGAACCAGUUGGGAAAUUAAUGAAUUAUAUCUGGAAAUAUGUGCUUAUACAAAAUGAUGAGAUUUAUUGUAGCAAAUGGGAAGUAUUCUUGGACAGACUUAAUGUAUUGUUACCACAACAUAAAACAGUUUUAAAUCUGCUUUUGAAAAGUAUGUCGCCAGUUCUUCAUCAGAUGUUGGCCACAGACCCAUCUUCCAAUUUAACCGUUAAACUUGUGGGGUUAUUUGUCCCUAACUUAGAAGCGCUGGGUCCUGAGUGGGUUGAAGCUCACCUGUUUCGCUCUCUGGCAGUGCCGGCAAAGUCGAACGUCACAAUACUAAAUCAAUAUUGCUCGGUUAUACAAUACCUCGCAGAAUCAAAUGUAAUUACGUGGUGGUCUGUAUUGAACUACAACUUAUUCGAUGGAGAUUCGGACAUUAUGUUAUCUUACUAUACAAAUAUCUGCUCAAUGAGUGACGAUUCUUUUUUCUGCCAGGUUAAAAAGACCAUGUACACCAAGGUGAUCGACUUAUUAUUGGUUAGGUACGAUCACAAAUUUCGGACUUUUCUACAAACCCUAUCCAAAAGAGAUCCGUUAUUAAAGCUCGACGUUGAAAGUACUUCUUCGCACUUGCAACUAAUAAAGAAGGUUAUUCGUGCUUUCUCGCAAGCUUCCCAUAAUGAUCUUUUGGUCAAAUUCGUUGCAAAAGUCCGAAACGCAUACCUCCAGGAUAACAAACAAAGGGAUUUUUAUUACAGUAUUGUGAACUUUCUCAACAACAAUUUUGUGGACCAGAUAAGGAACGCCCAUGAGUUCAAAUACCUGAAGAACGAAUUUGGAAUUUCGAAUGAGGAGACGGAAAAGAGUAUUUUUAGAGAUCAUCUUCUUUCCCUCCAAACCGAUACAGACCGCUGUGUGUUUGUUGAAACAGAACUAAUACAAAUGCUGUCACACAAGAAGGAACUAAGUUCUUUUAUAGUCAAGCUUCAAUCUGCCUUGCAGUGUUCUGUGUUCGAGAAUUCAAUAAAGUCUCUCACUGAUAUGAUAAGAUCCCACCCUCUACGCAAGCCAAGAAACACUCUGCACGUGAACGCUGCCUACAUCCUGCUCCAUAUACUUAAUGGCUAUUUUGUUAACAACUGCGGACUCGUGGUACCAGAUGAAUUCUAUGAACUAAUAAAACUACAACUGCAUUUCAGCAUUGACUCGGACAUUUAUCUACGAGACACUGACUUAUCAACUACUGAAUUAUUACUAGAGAUGGAGAUAGUUAAUCUACAGCGUACAGUUGUAACACUAUCGUACGGCUUUAAGGAGUGUCCUGACCUUGUCGGCGCCUAUUUAUUCUCAACCGCGUACCCACCAUUAUCCCCACCUCAGCCAAACGUUCUCAACACCGAGAGCAUUUUGAACGACAACAUAAACCACUUUCUAAACGUCACUGUUAAGAACAUUGUUCAAAACGUGGACCAAAACCUUACAAUAGAAUUACCGUCUGAACUGCUUGCUGAAGACGACAAAAGUGUUCUAGCUCAACGAGAUGCACUAGUAACUACUGUGAUGAACGAUAUGCUUGAGCUAAAUAGUUUACUUGUAUGA